UUUGCUCAAUUCCCAACUGAUUUUCAUUAACUGUACUUUUUGCCAACAUCAAAGCGUCUGCUAUCAAUACAUGAAAUUUGAAAUUUAAAAAAAUGAAAGUUUUUUUCCGUUUCCAGUUCCGUUGUCAUAACUGUGCGACAGCAUAGUGUGUAGCAUAAUGUACGGCAUCGUUGCUCUUUUGGUUUUCUUGCCGUCCACACACCGAAUGCGCUGAAGACGUUUUACCUCCCGAGUGUGGCAUCGAUACAGGCACUGAGCUCAAAAGAGGCGUUUCUACAUGGUCGUUUCUCUGGGGUAGUCUGUCAACUGCACACGGGGGGGAUGACAUCAGCAGCGGUUUUCGCGUGACGCGCCCACGCGAGUUUAACGGAUUAAUCUUCCCGAAUGAGCAUCGAAGGGACACUCUCGCCUCCACGCACUCCUCCCAUCGCUGCUUUAAUAUGCUAAAAAAAAAAAACAUUUGAUCCCCCCUCAUGCCCGGAUAAACCCGUCCCAGUGCACUUAAAACCCUCCCAAGCUAGUUUAGUUUAGCUUGCUAGCGGCUAACAAAGAAAGUGUACCCGAGGAGGGAGAUCAAGUGUGAGUGUAAAGUGUCGUGCUCAUCUCGCGACGAUGUUUUCAAAAAGGAAGAAAGAAAAUGAUAUUCAUCGUCAACGCCAAAUGCUGGACGCUGGUUUGGAGCAGCCUCGAGUUGUGUUCAAAAGAGGAGAUGUUAGCGAAGAGAAUCUUCAUCCUGAGGAUGAGCUGCAGUCAUCCUGCUUUAAAGGAGAGGAAGAAGAGUCAACGGUUCAUCGUAUGAGUGAGGAAGGGGAGCCCAAGUCGCCUUACAUUAAAGAAGAAGCGCCGGAGGACGACAUCACCAAGUUUCCAUCGCGUGAUGGCGACCGCUGCGGAGGGUCCCAAUCGGACGGCCUUUCGGCUCCACUCUCAGACAGCGACAGCAGAACGUCGCACUCUUCUCAUGAGGACGAUGACGAACGCUCUCGAAGUGAUUUGAGAGGCCACACCGACGACAAAUGUGUCCGGUGUGCUCACUGUGACAAAACAUUUGACAAGAAGUCACUGUUGAACGCGCAUGAAAGAACACACGCUCGAGAAAAACCUUUUGUCUGCUCAGUUUGCGGCAAGAGAUUCUCUCGAAAGGCAACUUUAACGAGGCACACGGUGACGCACACCGGGGAAAAACCCUUCGUCUGCUCAGUUUGCGGGAAGCGAUUUAUUCAGAAUGUAGAUUUAAAAACACACACAAGAACACACACUGGAGAAAAGCCUUUUGUGUGUUCGGUUUGCGGUCAAAGGUUCUCUACAAAGACACAUUUGACAAAACACACGAGAACACACACCGGAGAUAAACCGUUUGUUUGCUCGGUUUGCGGGAAAAGGUUCUCGGUCAAGACAAAUUUAACGCGGCACACGAGAACACACACGGGGGAAAGGCCUUUCGCCUGCUCAGUUUGUGGCAAAAGAUUCACUCAAAAUGUGGAUUUAAGAAUACACACGAGAACACACACCGGAGAUAAACCUUUUGCCUGCUCAAUUUGCGGGAAAAGAUUCACUCAGAAGGGAGAUUUGACGCGACAUACAAGAACACACUCGGGGGAAAAACCUUUCGCCUGCUCGGUUUGCGGUCAAAAGUUUGCGGCGCAGGGACAACUGACGACACACACAAGAACACACACCGGGGAGAUACCUUUCGCCUGCUCCUUUUGCGGGAAAGGGUUCACUCAACGACGCUCGUUGACGGCGCACACGAGAAGACACACCGGUGAGAAACCGUUCCGCUGCGCCGGGUGUCAUAAAAGAUUCCACGUCAAGUACGAGCUGAAGAGACACAAGUGCGCCGCUCAGAGGGGCAACGCUCAGUGAAGCUGUACAAUAAACCGAAGAAAUCGA